CUCGAUUCUGCAAUCCGGAUCCCAAGUCGAGUCAACCGCGGUAGCGAGUCUCUUCUGAUCCAAGAUUCCAUGCUUGGCAGCGGAAAGGGCUUAUUUAUGACCAAAGCUGUCGAAGAAGGAGAUCUGAUAUUCAGCAUCAAGCGACCAUUGCUU